AUGCCGCCCAAAGAGCUGCCGGGGUUCUACUACGACCCAGAGAAGAAUCGCUACUUCCCCAUCAGAGGCCGCAUCCCGGGCGCUGCUGUCCGCCGCCCUCCCCCUCCCGCUCCCGCAGUGCCACCGCCGCCCGCGGACACAACGGGAUGCAGCAGGAAGAGGGCGAGGCGGCCGGAGCUGCUCAGCGCCAGGGAGAUGUAUGGCGGCGGGGUCAUCUUCUCCAAUAACGCCGCCAGGUCCACGUUCAAGCAGCAGUACCACUACGCGCAGGCGUCUCAGCCCACGGUCUGGAAGUACCAAGCCACCACCUCUGUGGCUGAUAAGGCGCUUGAACAAUUGGACGCCAUGGUUCAGACACCGCAAGGGUUGAAAGAGUCCAGGAUGCUAGUCACCGGCAGCAUGAAUGGUUCGAUUCGGUUAUACGGAUUAGGGAUUCCUCUGAAUAACUCUGAGAAUGAGGCAGAGUUUUUGCCCCAACCUGCUUGGACUCCCGCGGGAAAGCACAAGGCAGGCGCACUCCCUAGCAUUUGGUCAUCUGAAGUAGGCUACACAACUUUCUCAUCCAGUUCAGACAUUGGUGCCGGUCUACUCGAUUUGGAAACAAGGAGAUUAUCGUGGCUAUGCCGAUCUAAAAGUGACGUUCUUUCCCUGAAAUUUGUGCACUCGGGAAAAGUUGUGCUAUGUGGUCUACGGAAUGGGAGUAUAGCCCCUGUUGAUGUACGGCAAAAGCAGCAUAAUCAGCCUACUGGAGUAGCUUCAUCUAGCAAUGCUAGGAGGACAGUUCCCAUGCUGCCAACAAGGCAUGCUGGGAAGAAGAGAAACCAGGCUGGCAUGGAUAAAUUUUCAAGAGUUAUUUCUAUGUCGUCAGCAGUUUGUAGCUUGGUUACACUCUCAUCAGAUGAGAACUACUUCUUAGGAAGCUCCAUGGAUGGAUCUAUCAAACUCUUCGAUCUUCGUCUCAUUCAGAAGGGAGGUAUACAGUCGUAUGAGGGGCAUGUGAACUCACACACACAUUUACCAAUUGUUGUUGAUCCAUCUGAGACCUUACUUAUGUCAGGUGGGGAGGACUGCACUGUUCGCAUAUGGAGCAUCAAAACAGGGGAGCUACUAUUUGCACAGAGCAUGGCAGACAGAUUCACGGCAUUUUGUUGGCCCGAAAGCAGCCAUGACUUGUGCAGUUCUUCGCUGUUUGAUCUAAACCACAGCUGGGGAGCUUGGCUGGGAUCACGUGCUGGGCUGUUCUAUAUGCAUGGGACUUGA